GCGGCAACGAAGCAACCAGUUUGGACGCGACCGGAGGAGCUCGAGCAGCGUGAAAUACAGCUGUCAGCAGGCACGUUGUUAAGGGCUUAGUGUGUAUUCAGCGUGCCUCCGGUCUUCUCUCCGGCUGACCAAUGCUUCUGCAUCAGUUCACCAACGGAGCCCUGGACGUCAUGCAUCCCACACCGCUUCAGAAAGACACUACUUUUACCAAAAUCUUUGUCGGCGGGCUGCCGUACCACACGAACGAUGCCUCACUGAGAAAAUACUUCGAGGCCUUUGGGGACAUUGACGAGGCUGUGGUGAUAACGGACAGACAGACCGGUAAAUCCAGAGGAUACGGCUUUGUGACGAUGACAGAUCGAGGAGCAGCAGAGAGAGCCUGCAAGGAUCCCAACCCCAUAAUUGAUGGCAGGAAGGCCAAUGUGAACCUGGCCUACCUGGGUGCCAAACCCCGCAGCAUACAGACAGGCAUAUCCAUCGGAGUGCAGCCCAUUCACCCAGCACUCAUCCAGAGGCAGUAUGGGUUGGCCCAGCCAUACAUCUACCCACAAGCCUAUGUGCAGCCCAGCCUGGUGCUGCCCACUCAGGUUUCCACCUCUGUCAGCAGCAGCCCCUUCAUGGACUACAGUGCAGCCUACACCCAGUACGCCCAGGCAGCCUUUGAGCAGCAGUACCCGUACGCUGCCUCUCCUGCUGGCUUUCUAGGCUACAGCUACGCCACCAGCCCCACAGCCACCGCCGGGCCAGCCGCCGCCGCCACAGCUCCAGCCACCGUCCACCCCACCCUCCCCUCCGCCGCCGGCCCGGCCCAGGCCUUCCUGCACUACGCCCCGCAGCAGCACAUCCAGCCGGACCGUAUGCAGUGAGCCUGUGAGGGUAGCGGAGAUAAAGGAGCAGUACAGGCAGAGGAGGAGGAGGAGGAGGGAGUGGUGGUUGCGAACCUUUGGAUAGAGAAUGGCAAAACACCCGACAGGGUGACCCGGCUAUCGUCAGCAGGGGCUUUCAGGAAAAAGGGUGGGACUAUUGCACUAUACGAUCAGGAUGAGCCGUUUGCUCAUUGGUUAAAGGGUAAAGGGGUUGGGAGGGGUUGGAGGACUGUCGAGGUUCAGGUUGGGAAGCUAAGCAGCAUAAAGUAUGUGGUCGCUUCCAAGGGCUUCCAGAAGCUGACACUUCAUUUUUUAUUAUUAUUAUUAUUAUUAUUAUUAUUAUUAUUUUUAUCGUCAUUUAUUAUUGUAUUAAUGUCAUUGUCAAUGUUUAUUUGUAUGCCAUUAUUAUCAAUGUUAUCAUGUUUUUGGCUCAAUCAGUGUAAGUUAUGUGUGUCCAUGGUACAUAUUGAUGAUAGGAGAGCUGUCACACCUUUCCUCCCGACUCCAGAGUAUCUGGGGUGGAUAUGAAGGGCACUGCUGCUUUAGGACACUGGGGGACAGUCAGAUGUGGGAUACAGGGGUGAAGACAGGGUGGUGAUUUGGGGAGGCGUACAGCCAGCCUCUCAGCCUAUCUGUGGUCCCAUCCUGGUACCAUCAGCAGUGAGGCAGAGCACUGACUGCCCCACGAACAAGCCUCCAGCGUUCAACUCCACACAGGAGGACGAUGAGAGAUUUCACCUCAAGGACAAAAUGGAAAGACAUGACAGUGGGAUCUCCAUUAUUUUGAGACUGCGAUGUCAGGACUACACGUUUUUUUAAUUCUUAUUAAUUAAAGAGGCCUUAAUAAAUGAGAAACUCCUUUUUGAAUCUCCUGAUUUUUCAAGUGCUCCCUCCCCCUCCGCCUGCCACAGAACCAAGUGCAGAGAGCCCUUUGUAACUGGCCUCUCAGCAGUCAGUCGCAUUAAUCUGUCUUGGGUCUCGAUAAUUUCAAAUGGAUGUAGAUAAUCACAUGCAGUAUGUGGGCGACGGGGACCUGGAGCGCUCUUGUUGAAAGGUAGCUGACACUGAGCUCAAACACCAGUGUAUUUUUUUUUUUUUCUCCUUUUUCUCACUGAGAUUGUCACAAAUUGUUGCUCUUAAAAGGACAUUCAUGUACAGCAAAAUGUUUUCAGUCAUCAAGUACAUUUACAAUAUUUAUAUGUAGGUAUUUAUAUGAGGUACUAAGUUAAAAUAGCUUUGUUACUAUGGCUAUAGUUGUGGCACUGAUGUCAUUUAACCUGCAGAGGCAUACCUGCAGAUCCACAGGUGUCGUAUUCAUUUUGUUUUUUGUCCUGUCACCAUGUCAGUGGAUUUGCCCGGGUGCACGGCAACUACAGUAGAUGCUCCUUUGUAGAUCCUCGACUGGUUGCGUCAGAAAUUCUCUAGAUUUUUUCAAUAAAGAUGUCUUUUACAGUCCCUUCAAAGAAGCCAUACCAAAAAAAUAGAAAUAAAGAUUUGUACUUAAA